UUACCCAAAAUGCAUCGAUUCGGAUGACUCGACCACUCUUGAGGGAACUCUGCGUAACUUUGAGAUCUCAGUAAAACAGCCUUAUUAUUAGACUGCACUGUGCAUCUGGGAGCACCUGCCAUGCCUGCAUCGACUGAGUGCCCUCCGUUUAGACUCGGCGAGUCUCGGUUUGAUCAGGGUUCAUUUUACGGCAGACUAAGACACUUUCUGGAUGUGAUCGACCCUCGCACACUCUUUGUAUCAGAGAAACGUUUAAAUGAAUGUAUGAAUCUCUUGGACCAGUUCAAAAAUGGAACUCUGCGUCCAGGUGUAACUAAUGUGCAGCUUUGGGAGGCACAGAAGAUUAAACAGGCCAUAAUCCAUCCAGACACAGGAGAGAAGAUCCCCAUGCCCUUUCGCAUGUCAGGUUUUGUGCCCUUUGGUACUCCAGUGGUUGUAGGCCUCCUUUUACCCAAUCAGACAUUUGCUUCCACCAUCUUCUGGCAGUGGCUGAACCAGAGCCACAAUGCCUGUGUCAACUACUGCAACCGUAAUGCAUCUAAGCCCACGCCAAUGUCAACGUUUUUCCAGGGUUACCUCGGUGCAGUCAGCAGUGCAGUUACUAUUGCAGUGGGGCUGAAUCUUCUUGUUAAAAGAGCUGAGCAUUUCAGUCCAGCUACAAGAAUCCUGGUCCAGAGGUUCAUCCCGUUCCCUGCUGUUGCAAGUGCCAAUGUGUGUAAUGUUUUGCUGAUGCGCCACACUGAGCUGUCAGAGGGCAUCAGCGUACUGGACGACAAAGGCAAUGUGGUGGGCACCUCAAAGCUGGCUGCCAGGCAUGCUCUGAUGGAGACAUCCCUGACUCGUGUUGUGCUGCCCAUGCCUGUUCUCCUGCUGCCGCCUUUAAUAAUGGCCAUGCUGGAGAGGCUCCCUCUGCUGCAGAAGCGCCCUCGUCUCAGGCUGCCUGUUCACAGCAUGGUGUGUCUCUGCGCGUUCGGCCUAGCGCUGCCUGUUGCCAUCAGCCUGUUCCCCCAAAACAGUCAGAUCCACGUGUCAGAGCUCGAGCCAGAGAUCGCUGCUGCAACAGAGUGCAAGAUCCUGACCUACAACAAGGGUCUUUAACCAAUCAGAAUGCUUGACGCCCUGCUACUAAUGUUGCUGUCCCUCAUGGUAAAACUCUAAUCUGAGCAGAAAAAUGCAAAGCGUCAUUGCAAAUUUUGAUUGCAUCUCACUGGAUUGUUCCUGCUGUGUGUGAAUGUGAAUCCUCUCUCAGCCACACACAGAGACAGACUCACACCAGCGCUAAUCAUCCUCUUUCCAUGCACUUGAACGUGGAAGUUGCAAAUAAAGGAUUUCAGGAUAUUUACAGCAGUGAAAACAAGUAUUGUUUUGAAUUUCCCUAUGAUGUACUUUAAAUUUAUGUAAUUACCAGCCUUCCUAUUCAAGCAGUUCUGUAUUAUCUGACUACAAAAGAUUGAAAAAUAAAUGUUUACAAAGUAAUUGUUUUAAAUAAUGAAUAAACAAUCAGUUUUGAUAUUUUAAACA